UGUUAAGCAUGGUGCGCACUAGUCUGUAGAUAAGGGGCGUUAUGAUGUGCAGAGAGGAAAUGUGGAGCAGCGAGUCAUUCAUGGGCGGGUCCAUCCGCCUCCAGCAGUCAGUCCGAGAAACCCGAGAGCGCACCAAAGUAACAAAACACAAACAUGGCGCCUACUUACUGCAGUACAGACUAGCGCUGGACGGAAACAAAGUUUCCAGGAAUUAAACCCAACGAGCUCACACUGAGUGGACGUUUAUUCUCGCUCGAGUCGGAGUGGACGGGUUGGAAGUUGCGACUGGCCUACAUGUCAACGCGUUUUUCUUAGAGUGCUUUGAACAGCUGGUCCGUCCAGCCAUGAUUGAGGAUAAGGGUCACCGUGUGACAGACUACUUUGUUGUGUCUGGCCUGACUGACAAGUCCACACCACUAGAGCAAGAUCUAUCUGAAGCCAAGUCCAGUGGGCCCAAGGCACCCAUCACAGACCUUGCCGUCAUCAACAAGUCUGCCGGAGAAACUGUGCCUGAAGGUUUCACAUGCAUUGAGAGUACCUACAGUGGCCAACCGGCCAAUCUCAACCAUGGCAGCCUCAAGAGCCCAGAACUCUUCCUGUGUUACAAGAGGGGUCGUGGGAAGCCCCCACUCAUUGACAUCGGGGUCCUAUAUGAGGGGAAAGAGCGUCUUAUUCAGGGUUGUGAGGUCAUUGAGGCCACACCGUUUGGCCGCUGUGCAAAUGUCAACAACAGCUCUGCCACAUCCCAGCGCAUAUUCAUUACAUUCCGCCGCGCACCCCCCGUCCAGCCCCAGAACUCAUUGGCUGUGACUGACAUCUGCGUCAUCAUCACAAACAAGGGCGAGACUCCUCCUCACACUUUCUGUAAAGUGGACAAGAACCUCAACUGUGGCUUGUGGGGAUCGAGUGUAUUUUUGUGUUACAAGAAGUCAGUGUCUGCGUCCAACUCCAUUGCUUAUAAGGCUGAUCUGAUCUUUCGCUAUCCUGAGGAGGACUAUGAAUCAUUUCCCCUCUCUGAGUCUGUACCCCUCUUUUGCCUUCCUAUGGGGGCCAAGAUUGAGUGCUGGGCUCCUAACACACGCUACCCUUUACCUGUCUUCUCCACAUUUGUCCUCACCAACUCCAAUGGAGAAAAGGUGUAUGGAGCUGGAAUACAGUUCUAUGAGCCAUAUCCUGUGGAUGGUCUCAGCGAGAAACAAAAGAUCCAGCUAGGUCUGGUCUCCACUGUGGACAAAAAGGCCAUACCCAACCGCACAGUCAACACCAACAAGUGCAUCUGCCUGCUGUCCCGCUGGCCUUUCUUUGAGUCCUUCAGGAAGUUCCUAAUGUUCCUUUACAAGCUGUCAGCCAAUGGAGUCAACCCUCUGCCCAUUGAGAAACACAUAUCCCAUUUCAUGCACAAUGUCUCCUUCCCUUCUCCUCAGAGACCAAGAAUACUGGUCCAGAUCUAUUUUUUUCCCCCCGUACUGUCGGCACAUGACACCUUAAUCCUGUCCCAACCUGUCUGUACACCUUUACCACUAAGUGGAGCAGACUACAGCACACUGCUGAUGAAUCUGGGCCCAGAAAACUGUGCCACUCUGCUACACUUUAUCCUGCUGGAAAGCAAGAUCCUGUUGCACUCCCUGAGACCAGCUGUACUGACUGGGGUGGCUGAGGCUGUUGUGGCGAUGAUCUUCCCAUUCCAGUGGCAGUGUCCUUAUAUCCCUCUUUGCCCUCUGUCUCUGGCGGGGGUCCUCAAUGCACCAUGUCCCUUCAUUGUGGGCGUUGACUCUCGAUACUUUGAUCUCUACGAUCCCCCACCUGAUGUGGUCUGUGUGGACUUGGACACCAACACUAUAUACUUGUCUGAUGAAAAAAGAAAUAGUAACUGGAAGAACCUCCCAAAGAAGCCCUGCAAAGGUCUCAUACACUCUCUAGGAAAUCUUCACCAUCAGCUUGCCACUGUUCGGCGUACAGCACUAGAAGGCUUGGCGGUGGAGAUGACCCCUAUCGAAGCAGACUUUACCUGGCAUAAGAAAAAGACAGAGCUGGAGAUGGAGAUUCAGGAGGCGUUCCUGCGCUUUAUGGCAUGCAUACUGAAGGGCUACCGAACCUACCUCAAGCCAAUCACACAAGCACCUUCUGAGAAAGCUACUGCUGCAGACUCACUCUAUGACCUGCAAGGAUUCUUAAAGAGUAGAGAUCGGUGCGCAUCAGAAGUUCUACUCUCAGCUACCAAGACUCAGAUCUUCAUCCGCUUCAUUGAGGAAUGUACUUUUGUUAGCGACAAAGACCCCAGCUUGGCUUUCUUUGAUGACUGCAUUGGAAAACUUUUUCCUUCCGACAAAGGAACAGAAAAGGGUACAAAGGCUGAAGAUGAGUCAUCUGAGGACACCAGGCUGAUGGAACUGGAUGAGUCACUGAAGAGUGAGCACACAGUCUUCGUCAUGCCUCCGGAACCACCGCCAGAAGAUGGUCCUGACCCCCCUCCCAAAUAUAGGUAUACACACAUAGCGAUAUAACAAUACCUUAAUUUCAGUAACAAUCCC